UCAACAACCAAAAGCAAAACGCAAAACACAGAGAAGAAACAAACAACUCUCAUAAAGAGCGACCGGCGGCGAAGAAACUCUUAACCGGAUGGAGGAAAAGCCAGGGUUUGAGUUCCGUCCGUACGACGAGGAGCUCGUGGGUUUCUAUCUCCGUCAGAAACUUCUCGGAAACCAUAGUCUCGUCGACGGAGUCAUCAGAGAUAUCAAAAUCUGCAGCUUAGAUCCUUGGGACUUGCGCUUUCAAUCGAAGAUCAAAUCUAGAGAUCCUUUUUGGUACUUCUUGUCCCGUAUAGAAAACAGCGGGGGUCGACAGAGCAGGACGACGCCUUCUGGGUCGUGGAAACUCACCGGAGAUCCUGUGUAUGUCAAUGAUCGGUGGGGUAACUUGACUGGUUUUCGAGGUAAGAUUGGUUAUAAGAGGGUUCUAACGUUCAGCAAGGGGAAAAGCAGCAGCAGCAGCAGCUCCAUAUCCGAGUGGGUGAUGCACGAGCUUCACUACACCCACACCGACUUGCCUGAACACAAGAGGAGCACCUACGUCAUCUGCAGACUGGAAUACAAGGGUGACGACGUGACCAUCUUAUCUGUUCCUCCCUCUGUGGCCAAUAGUGCAAGCUCUGUGGUCGACCAAUCACUUCAAGGGAAUUCUGGACAUUACAACACUUUGUCCGAGUAUGAUUCAGGACAUCAGUUUAAUGGAAACUAUGACAUGCAGCAAUCAUUUCAAGGAUAUUCAGAAUAUUUCAACCCUACCUCGGAGUAUGGUUUAGCUAAUCAAAGCCACUGGUUUGGCAACCUACAACAACAAGUUCCUUACUCUGCCCCAUAUCAAGAUCAUUCUGAUAUGCUGCUGAGGCAGGUUGUUGAAGAAAACUUUCCCUUUUUGGUCGAUGAAAGGACAUGUAUGCGAGAGGAUCCUAGCCAUCACCGGCCUAAAAAUCCUAUCACUGGGAUUUUACCCGGUGAUAGCAGUGAUGAUGACACUGACUCAACGAUUGGGAGAGGUACUUGGAGCUCUACCGAUAGUGUUGGUAGUAAAGAUGGAACAUACCAUACUCCUAUAGAUGCUACUCCAUCAGUGAGUACUGUUGAGCCUUUGCACAAUCAUGAGCCACAAGAGCAACCAAAGCAGCUGGAGUUGCAAUUGCAGGGCAAAGAAAAGGUGAUAAAUAAGCAGCAAAGAGAAUGCGAGUGGAAAAUGGCAGACGAUUGGAUCAAGAAGGCUCCAUCCACCUCUGCAGUGAAGCAAAGCUGGAUUGUUCUGGAGGAGAUAAGUCAGAAGAAUUCACGGUGGAUCUAUCUCAAGAACAUCAUUGGCCUCUUAUUGUUCAUCAUCAUCAUUGGUUGGAUCAUUCUAGUUGGUUAGGUGAUCAAAAUCCGGUUUUUCCCACAAGUUUCUUUCUUUCUUGUCUUCUGUAUUUUGUUUUGUUUUGUUUUGUUUCUUUGCUCUGUUUUCUUGCUUUUAAGUGUUUAUGUAUCUGGGAAAAAAAAAGAAAAGAGAGGUGUAAAAGAAGUAUGUAGAGAAAUAAAUAAAAUAAAGGGUAU